ACCCCGCCCCCUCGAGCACAAGCGGAGCGACUCGUCUCCAAGGAAACGCCGAAAGUGCGCUGACAAAAGUGACGAUGGGGAAGAAAGUAGAGAAAGUGAUAAAAGAGAAGCCAGUCACCCCGGUAGAGGAAGAGGGCCCAAAAACUGCUGAGGACUACGUGUGCACUGGGCACCUGGAGCAUGACUUCAUUGAAAUUUGUAACCGACUGGAGAUCCUGGAGAUGCCAAUUGUGACUCUGCGACAUCCAGGAAUCGCAGUCAGCGGACUGUUUGACGAGAUGGAAUCUUUGACUCCCUCGGACGUCUCCUCUGCUCCCCCUCUGAAAGAUCAGAUCUCCUUCUUCAGACCCAGUGUACAAGUUGAGCUGGAGAACGAUGACCCGAAGCAGGUGAAGGCCAUUUAUAUCCGAGGUUGGAUGAUUGAUCAGAGAUACAUCUUCAUCUUCCAGAAGUGCCUGCCUGCACUCAGCAACCUGCACACUGUCAACCUGUGGAACGUGGGUCUGACAGAAACCACCUUUGCAGCAUUCCUCGUUAUCCUGCGACAGUGCUUCUCCCUCAAGUCAGUGGUACUGGAUGGUAAUCCCAUCGCUGGGCAACCCUAUCAUCAGCUCCUGAGUGAAGACAGUCAGUUCCAAAAUCUAACUCUGAGAAACAACAAGAUUGAUGAUGCAGGAGCAAAGUUAAUUGGAGAGGCGCUUUCUACAAUUAAAAAAAUGAACAAGACUGUAAUAACAUUAAAUCUCAGCUUUAAUCACAUCACAGAUGAGGGAGCCGGUUACAUUGCAGAUGGACUGCGUUUGAACCGAACUCUACUGUGGCUGUCUCUGGCUUACAACCAAAUCGGAGAUCAAGGAGCCAGAAAACUUGCAGAGGUGUUGGCUCCCUUUGCUCUGACCCAUGAGGAGAUCGUGGAAAGGAGAAUCCUUCUGUUCGAUUCUCAGGAGCGCCAGAAAUCGUCCCCUUUGUAUCGCCGGCCUGACUCGAAGAGUGACCGCAGUACUAGCCAGUUUGGCAGCAACACCAACAUCGACAAGCUGGACAGGAUGGGGAAAGGUGGGAAGAAUACUUCCAAGAAAAAGGAUAAGCGAGAUCUUGCCAUCCAAGAGAAACCGAGUAUUUCCAAUACACAGCUCCCACAAAAGAAAGAGGAAAUCAAGCUUGGAAAACGAGGGUCGAUUGUCAUAGAUGUGAAAAUGAGCAAGUCAAAAUUAAUACGACCUGGAAAGGACAAGAGGGGAGCCACACAGGAACAGGAGGUUGUAGAGAUUCUGAAUCCUCUCAUUGACUACGUCGAGCAUCAUGAUGGAGAUGUGUAUCUGCCAGGAAAUACUAACCUCAUCAGCCUGAACCUGACACAUAAUAAGAUUUCCGAGAGUGGUCUCAAGGCUUUCCUGACAGCGGUGCAAACACAGAUUCAGAGUUCAAAGUUCAACCCUGAUGGCAGGACCACGGUUGGCCUGCUGAGAUUGGCUAUAACGCCCCCUCAUCUUGAGGAGUUGUGCCACGAGAGUGAUUUAGCAAAUAUCGCAGUUUACUGCUACAUUGAAACAGCAGCAGAAGUCGGCCAUGUGGCCUCAAAAACAAAGUUGCUGGAAACGCUCAGCAGGUUUGGCAGCGUCUGUGGAGGAGAAAACAGAGUUAAUGUUUCGGGUCCGGUGACCCUUCCUCAGAACUGGCCAUGUGACCUCCCCGGGUUGCUCCGCCAUUUCAUGCCUGAUUUGCCUCAAGCCUCAACUCCCAGUUAUUUCAAAAAAUUCUCUUUGGUGGAAUUAGCCAUUAUUGAUUAGGUUCCCUACAGUGUGGAAACAGGCCCUUCGGCCCAACAAGUCCAGACCACCCCUUGGAGCAUCCCACCCAGACGCAUCCCCCUGUAACCCAUACACCCCUGAACACAAUGGGCAAUUUAGCAUGGCCAAUCCACCUAGCCUGCACAUCUUUGGACUGUGGGAGGAAACCAGAGCACCUGGAGGAAACCCACGCAGACACUGGGAGAAUGUGCAAACUCCACACAGACAGUCGCCUGAGGCUGGAAUCGAACCUGGGUCCCUGGCGCUGUGAGGCUGCAGUGCUAACCACUGAGCCACUGUGCCACCCCUAUAUGUGUACUGACAUGAAGACAGUGAAAAGUUUGCAAGUUGCCUCUCAACAGCACUAUCUUAGGUACAAAGCUGCGGAUUCUUACAAAAAAGUUUGUCAAAAUAAAAGCAAUAAAA